AUGGACUACACAACCUACCAACAACCGCACGCGCAUACCCACAACGCAUACGCGCCCACUCACAACGGUCAAUCUGGUCCGCCAGUGACCUCNCCCACUCAACAAAAUCAGGUCUCUCCCAUCAUGUCACAACAAAACCAUGCCUACGGCCAACAACCAGGCUCCAGCGUUGGACCUCACCAGGUCAUGCCAAUGUAUCAGCAAGGCUAUUCAGUCCAAGGCAUGCAUUACGGCAUGGGCGCAAACCAGAUGUCUCCUACACAAGCCGCCGCGAUGGCCACGGCAGCUGCCUCAGGCAAUUACAACUAUAUGCCAGAAGCUAUGCAACCACUAGCACAAGACCCGAGACAAUCACCACGCAUGGGACAAUCUGUCAAGAGUGAACAGAGACAGACACCAAGGUCGCCAUCACAAAGUCACAUGAACGUCAACGUAAGUAUGGCUGGUCAGNNAAUGGUCAUGCCUGCUCCUCAGGCAAUCCCCCAACAAAUGGUUGCACGCCGUAUGAGUCAGGCAGUUCAGCCUCCUCAGCCUGUUAUGCAGCAACAACGACGCGCAUCAGUUGCGCCUCAGAUGGUCCAACAGGUCGUUCAACAGCACUCGUCACCAGAGGCUGCUAAUGGCGGAAGCACCGAAGAGUCACCUCUUUACGUCAACGCGAAACAAUUUCACCGAAUUCUCAAGAGACGUUUGGCCAGACAAAAACUCGAGGAACAACUGCGCCUCACGAGUAAGGGCAGAAAGCCCUACUUGCACGAGUCUCGUCACAACCAUGCCAUGCGAAGACCGCGUGGUCCAGGAGGGCGCUUCCUCACAGCCGAGGAAGUGGCCGCUCUUGAUGCUGAAGCUGCAAAGAAUGGUGGUGUGGAGCCGCAGCAACCUACCAACGGAACCAAGCGCAAGUCUGGAGACAGUCAAUCUUCACCUUCNAAAAAGUCACGCACACAAUCAAAUGCCAGAAGCAUGACAUCCGAAGAAGACGGCAUCGACGAAGGAUAG